GAUGAUAGGGCGAUGUAGUUUACACAGGAUACAGAGUCACCUGAAGCAACCAGCAUUGCUUUAUGUAGGACUACAACUUCCAGUAACUGGUAUGACGUGGAUGGCUUACGCCGUUGUAAAGCAGCCCAGUUGAAGCGUCUCUAUUUCCUGGUUGAAGUGGCAGCCAUUUUGGGUUCAGACGACUAGCCGCCUUGGGUCUGGGGGAGUAGCUAGUCUCUAGUUACUUUUUAAAUCUGUUAAACGCGGCGCUUCUGUUGUUCAUCAAAUCUAAAGGGAGUCUCAUCUUAUAAGAAGAGUGGUUUAACAGUGUCAAGCCACGAUGAAUCCUGAAUAUGACUAUUUAUUCAAGCUGCUGCUGAUUGGUGACUCUGGCGUUGGAAAGUCCUGCCUCCUCCUCCGAUUCGCAGAUGAUACAUACACAGAGAGCUACAUUAGCACUAUUGGUGUGGACUUCAAAAUAAGAACUAUAGAGUUAGACGGAAAGACGAUCAAACUUCAAAUCUGGGACACGGCGGGGCAGGAGCGAUUUCGCACAAUAACCUCCAGUUACUAUAGAGGAGCUCACGGCAUUAUCGUAGUCUAUGAUGUUACAGAUCAGGAGUCUUUCAAUAACGUUAAACAGUGGCUACAGGAGAUUGACCGCUAUGCCAGUGAAAACGUCAACAAGCUAUUGGUUGGCAACAAGUGUGACCUAACAACAAAGAAAGUAGUGGACUACACAACAGCGAAGGAAUUUGCAGACUCCCUGGGCAUCCCGUUCUUGGAAACCAGCGCCAAAAACGCCACUAAUGUCGAGCAGGCCUUCAUGACCAUGGCUGCGGAGAUCAAGAAGAGGAUGGGCCCCGGGGCCACUGCAGGAGGCUCAGAAAAGUCCAACGUGAAGAUCUCAAGCACUCCAGUGAAGCCUGCGUCUGGGGGCUGUUGUUGAGCCCUCCCGUCUCCGGCUCACAAACCCAGCUCCUCUGGCCCAGUCUCCUGCCCCCCCCCCCCCCCCCCCCCCCAAAACACACUCACCCCCACCACUUGAAAUGUCACAAAAAAUAAAUUGCAACAAUGCCCACAAGACAAGAUGUUAAGAGGCAGAUGUUAAGAGGACAAGGUGCAGCGAGAAGGGAGAGGAGAAGAGAAAAAAAAACUAAAACAAGUUGCCUGAUUUGUGCUGUAUGUAGCCGCACUACCAAAAGCAAUGGUUAUGUAAAAUGACAGAUUCAGUACAAAAUGCCGCCCCCCCCCCGCCCCAAACAGAAUUCAGUAAGGUUUAUGAUCCAUUAACGGUACCAUCCCAUAGCCUGCCACUUGCCCUGUACACGCACACACUCACACACUUGUUUUUUUCCGCCAUGGGCCCCCUCUCCACCCCUUGUAGAGAGAACACAUUUUUUUUCCACUGAGCGUUUGAAAUCUUCUCUGUGUGCAGGUUUCCUGGAAUAACAUGUGUUUUCUCACUGCAUUCCCACUGCAGGGCUGGUCUGUGGUCAAAAUUCAGUGACUUUUUUUUUUUUUUCCUGUCUUUUUUUAAAUUCUUUUUUUUCUUGUUUGUUUUUUUUUGCUGUCUAUAUCGGCGUGUGUAGUUCUGUCCCCUUGGAAGGUGUUAUCGCCAAUUUGCGUGUCAACCAACUGCACAACAGUGUCUCACUGUCCAACUUAAAAAAAGAGUCUAGUGAAAUAUAUAUGUACAUAAACAUUAUGUAUAUAUAUGUAAGAUCUGAUUUGCUAGUUCUGUAGUUAAAUGCAUUAUCUGAGUAGUUUUACCUCUCAAUCUUUGCUAUUAAUUUGUGGCUGCAGACUAUUGUAAUUUUGUUGCGCAAUAUGUAACAUUUAACAGGAAAAAAGUUAAAUAAAUAUUGUACUACCGGACUGUACGAUAUUAAAUAUGUCUGCAAUUCUUGGUGGAACAUGUAGAAAACAGAUUGUGUUUUAAUUAUUUAUUCUACAUUCAUAUGGCAAAUAUGUUGUUCCAAUUUAGAAUCUGUUUGACAAAUUGGCCAUAACCUGUGGAAUAUCUUGAUUGCAAGUGGCAAUUUCACAAUUGCAUAUAUAAAACACUAUGUUCUCUUUUUUCAUAAUAAAGGCAACUGAUUUCGGUUUUAAAGGAA